GGGAGGCGCUCGUUGUGUGUGUGCCCCCCCUUCCCCAGUCCCUCCCUCCUCAUCUCCAUCCCUCCUCCUCCUCCUCCUCGUCCUCAUCCUCCUCCUGCUCGGGGCCGGGAGGCAGCGGCCGGCUCCGUGGCGAUGAGCGGGGGCGAGGUGGUGUGCGCCGGCUGGCUCCGCAAGUCGCCGCCGGAGAAGAAGUUGAGGCGAUACGCAUGGAAGAAACGCUGGUUUGUCCUGCGCAGCGGUCGGAUGAGCGGCGACCCCGACGUCCUGGAGUACUACAAAAAUGACCACUCCAAGAAACCCUUGCGGGUGAUCAACCUCAAUUUCUGCGAGCAGGUGGACGCGGGGCUGACCUUCAACAAGAAGGAGCUGCAGGACAGCUACAUCUUUGACAUCAAGACCAGCGACAGGACCUUCUAUCUGGUGGCCGAGACUGAAGACGACAUGAACAAGUGGGUUCGCAGCAUCUGCCAGAUCUGUGGCUUCAACCAGUCCGAGGAGAACACAGAUACCCUGAGAAGCAUCGCCUCCAUGAACCACGCGCCGCGAUCCUCGCCGGCGGAGCUCAGCGGUGCCAACCACCUCCUGCGCGAGCGCAAGUCCUUGGCGCCCUCCCACUCCAGCCAGCCCACCCUCUUCACCUUUGACUCGCCCGCCAGCCACCUCCAGAGCACCCUGUCUGCCAGUGCCCCCCAGGACUACCUGUUCCUCCACCAGUGCAUGAGCAGAAAGUCGGAAAACACAAGGAGUGCCAGCUUCUCCCAGGCCACGAGGUCCUCCUUCUUCAUGCGCAGCGACACGGCCGUCCAGAAGCUCUCGCAGGGCAACGGGCACUGCGUGAACGGGGUGGGCGCGCAGCUCCACGGCUUCUACAGCCUGCCAAAACCCAGCCGGCACAACUCGGAGUUCAGGGACAGCGCGUACGACCUCCCGCGGGCUUUCGGCUCCUACUCCCACCCCAAGUCAAGCCUCACCAGCUCUGAGACGGAUAACGAGGAUGUCUACACCUACAAGACCCCCAGCAAUGCCCUGUGUAAGGAGUUCGGGGAGCUCUCCACAGACUCCUACGACGUCCCUGCCACCCCGCUCUCCGUUUACCAGAUCCCCAGGACAUUUACGCUGGACAAGAACCACAACGCUCUGGCCGUGGCCGCCAGCGACUCGCCUGCCGCACCGCCCCCGCGGCCCCCAAAACCUGGGCAGAUGGAACCACGGUGGGGCAGCCCACCCCAGCGGCCCCAGCCCGGGGAAAGCUUAGGGCUGACCCCCAUGGCAGCCACCAUUCCCCGGAGAAACACGCUGCCGGCCGUGGAGAACAGCAGGCUGCACCGAGCUUCUUCUUGCGAGACGUACGACUACCCCCAGCACGGGGGCGGCAGCGCCGUGCAGUCAGUGGAGUCCAUGCACGACGGGUACAGCUCCUACCUGCAGGCCAAGGCCGUGGUGGCCCGCUCCCACAGCGCCGACUCUGAGGACAACUACGUCCCCAUGAACCCUGGUUCGUCACCCCUGAUCCACGCUGAGAAAGCCAAUGACAACGCCCAAAAUCUCUACAUCCCCAUGAGCCCAGGGCCGCAUCACUUCGACCUGGUGGGGUUGUCCUCGGCCACCCUCCCCUUGCACAAAGGAGGAGCCAUGGCGCAGUGCCACAGGAGGUUGAGUGAAAUCCAGCCCCCGCCGGUCAACCGCAACCUCAAACCCGACCGGAAGGCAAAGCCAUCACCACUGGACUUGAGGAACAACACCGUCAUCGAUGAGCUUCCCUUCAAAUCGCCGGUCACAAAAUCCUGGUCCAGGCCAAGCCAGACCUUCAACGCCGGCUCGCUGCAGUACUGCCGCCCUGUCUCCUCCCAGAGCAUCACCAGCACUGACUCAGGAGACAGCGAGGAGAACUACGUGGCGAUGCAAAACCCCAUUUCUGCUUCUCCUGUUCCUAGUGGCACCAACAGCCCAGCGCCUAAAAAGAGUUCUGGGAGUGUGGAUUAUCUGGCCCUGGACUUCCAGCCGAGCUCACCAGGGCCACACAGAAAGCCCUCCACCUCGUCGGUCGCCUCGGAUGAGAAGGUUGACUACGUGCAAGUGGACAAGGAGAAGACACAGGCGCUGCAGAGCACCAUGCAGGAGUGGACUGACGUGCGGCAGUCCUCGGAGCCCACCAAGAGCACCAAGCAGUAGCACCCAGGGCGGGCCGCUCAGCGAGCAAAUAUCCCCAUGGUUUUCCCAGGCUGGGGCUCGCAGCUCCGCUUGGGCUGGAUUCCUGAGACUGUUGUCUGCUUAGGGGAGGGGGUCUUCAUGACUUUUUUUUUUUUUUUUUAAGACAAAAAGAAACUUAAUUUCAGGGGAAGACUUGGCGGAUACUGUUUGCUGGUGAUAAAGAGCAGCCAUGCUCGGUGGCUAUGUUUGUGCUUUAGCUGCUGGAUGCGCCAUCCAGGAAGUUCAACGUAGCAAUACCAGGUUUCACCCUACACGUCUGUUGCUUACAGCUAUUAAAGCCACCUUGUAUGUGCUAACAUCAUCUCUCCCCGUCUUCUUCCAUACCAUACCCCCAAACCAUGCCAUACAUGUCUGACAGCAUCUCUCACAGGACCUCAUUCCCCAGCUCCGAUUCCCCAGCUCCUCAAGGUCGCCCUCUUUUCUGCCUCCUCCCAAAUCCCAAAACUGAGUAAGGAUUGUUCCUGUCUGACUUUACUUUCAUCAUCCCAUCUCUUGUAAAUAAUGAUGUGUUCAAAUCCUCUGACAGCUGUUCCCCUGGUGGGACAGCCCCUGUGUUUCUGGUUGUGGCUGUUAACCCUCAGGAGCCUGAAGAGCAUCCAGAUUGCCCCGUUGAGCCCAGAACUUGCCCCACCAUACACGUAUAUAUGCCAGCAUGUGCUCACACAUGCAUGCGUGCAUGAAACAGCCAGGUUACUUGGGGUGUCUUCUGCUGUUGAUGCUCUCCUGCAUCUCUCAAGGUCAGUGGUUUGGAGAGAGAGGCUUUGGAUGGCAGAAUUUAAGCCUAUCCAAAGUCAAUUGCCUGUGAAUCUGGCCCUAAAAACCCAAAUCUGCCUUUGUGGCACUAAAAGAAGUCCAUAGGAGAAGAGUCCUACAUCCCUGGCCAUCAUGAGAAGCUCUGUGGUUGAGUACGAGGUGUGUAGAGAGGCUCUGGAGACCCUGGUUGUCCGGCCUGGCAUGAGGACAAGUGGGAAGGAGGGAGCAGGAGGCUGUUGUGGGGACCAAGAGAAGGCAGGUGCUGUACCUUAGAGGUUGGAUUGGGUUGAAGAGGGUCUGGCAAGGUAAAUUUCAGACAAAAGAGUGGAGUAACUGAAACGUUGGUCGGUUGUGAGGCCUUGGGCUUGGGAAGACGCUGGUGAGAAGAGGACAGAGUGUCUCAAUGUCAGCUUUAAUGUAGCAUAAAAGUCAGUUCCUGAUGGGCACAAAGGGCCGGACUUUGUAUUUUUCCCCAUCUUCAGUGAUGUUUCUUCAACACAAAUAGGACUUUUUGACUGUUGUGGAUGGGAAUCUGCUGUUGCCCCCUACCUGCAUCCUUGACGCAGACAGGCUUUGGAAUCACUCCCCAAGCAGCUGGAGUGGAGAAGGAAGAAGAAGAAAGAGGCAGAGAUAAGAAUUCGGGAUCUUACAAAACCAGGAAGGCCUAAUGAGCACCACGGAGUGGCCUGGCUGCCAGACAGUGAGUGCUGACACGGACACACAGGCUGGCUGCGAGCUAAGAGCUAAAUGAAGGGGACAUUAGUUCAGGUAGCGAUGUUUGUUAAAAAGGUUGAGUUACCCUUCCUUCGAGCUGAACCCUGCCCCACACCAGGGGCUCUGCCUCCCACCACCACCACCAAGAAAAACAAACAUUUGUGUUGAUUUUUGAUGCUUAAGUGUUAGCACAUUUGCUUAAUCUUGGCCUGAGUUUGGAAGGGGCCAUAGAUGGCCCACACAAGUAUGGGAUCUGGUCCCUUAAGGGCUGGGUUGUAAAAUAAGUCUCCAAUUUCCAUCCCCAGUUUAGGUUUUCUUCUCUUUUGCUGUGAAAGGGGAGGAUGUUAAUGGAAAAAGCUCUAAUGACCCUUUUAAGACAUUGCAGCGCUGGCCUUUUACAGGAAUAAUGAAGCAGAUAUCCUAAUGCUUUUGGUAAAAAUAAUCAUCAUCUAGGAAAAAAAAAA